CCUCUCAUAAGUCAGAGGAUCCAGGAAGAGGCGCGCACAAGCCCAAGGGACCGAAACAAGGGAGCCGCGUGGUUGAGCAGAGCGGAGAGGACCAGAGAUCGAGCGAGAGAGCGCACGCUGCCUUGUUGGGACGUACUCAGCGAAGGGCCCAAGAUGAAGGAAGAAGUGGGAAAAGCAGUCUGGUUCAUCUCCCGCGUGAUGGAUCGCGACCGGAAGCUGGAGAAGGAGAAGGUGAAGCGUUUCAGGGAGAGCCUGGCCACGAUCCUAUGCGAGCGCUACAAGGACCAUUGGUACCCAGAGAAACCCUGCAAAGGGCAGGCUUACAGGUGCAUCCGAAUCAACAGGCAGUAUACCAAGGAUGACACCAUCUUGAAAGCUUGUAUAGAGAGUGGUCUAGAUUACUCAGCAUUGACAUUGAAAGGCGAAAUUACAAUCUGGAUUGAUCCUGGCGAGGUUUCCUGCAGGCUUGGCGAGAACAACCGCCCCUUCACAGUGAAGGACGAGAAAGAGGAGGAGGAGGAGGAGAGAAGCAGCAGCUGCAGCAGCGGCAAAGCAACGCCCGAGUCGGAGACAUCAGACUAUCACUCCGAGUCUCCUUCGGAGUCGCCCUCCGAGUGUGCAUCGUCCUCGGAGGACGAGAGUCCUGGCAAGCGUUCUGCAGCAAAGACAUUGCAGAUUAAAGCAGGGGGAGCAAAUCUCCCCAAACAGGAGCCCCAGCGCUACCGCACGCCGUCUCCUCUUUGGAUCCCACACCCGCCAGGCCCGGUGUUCACCUACUUCCCUUUAACUUACUAUUACGUCCCGCCAUUGAUGCCCAUUCCCCGGAAACCCAACCCCAACAUGUUGAAGCGGCUCACGAAGCGAGCAUCCAAAGCCUGAAGACUGGGCAGAGUCUGGGGUGGU